AUGAAUGUGGCGCGUUUCGUGCCGGCUCCUCUGGCAUCAUGGGAACGUCAUCUGAACCGCGGUGUCUGGUUCGUGCAUUCGCUCCUCGCCUUCAUCAUCGCCUAUUACACGACGAAUGGUGAAGUGCGACCCUGGAUCGGCCAUUGGUUACACGAUUCGAGCUAUCUGCCAGACCAAAAGAUCGACUUCGCCGACUCGGAGUGGUGGUUCUACAAAAAGAACAUCCAGCGGAUACUCGUCGCGUUGGGAUGCCAUUCGCUGGUGUUCACGCUAUUCUUGCAAAGCAAUACUAACGCGCUGCGGUUGCUGGCUUUCUUGGCGCAGCUGGGGCUUCAUGUCUAUUUGACGAGUAUCCCAUGUAUCGUGACCUGUGCUGCACUCACUAUCGUCACCAUAGCCCUGGUGAUAAUAUUCCGUCAAGAAGCUAUCGCCUGGGUCGUUUGCAUAGCCUUUGUUCUCAAGUGCUCUGCAAUCGCCCCGUUCUCAAACAAUUCAUUCGUCUACUAUCUAGAAUUUAAUAUGUACGCCUAUACUUGCCUAAAGAUUAUAAAUGUUGCAAUCCACCUAUGCAGACGAAAAGCCGACUCACAGACGAAUCACUCGAUUGCCGAUAUCAUUUCCUACCUCCUCUACUUGCCAUUUUCUAUCACCCUAAUCGUGCUCUACGAGGAUUUUAAGAAACAACUCGACAACCGUAAGGCGGCCAAUCGCUGGUUUUACCUAACACAGUCCAACCUUUUCUUCGCGAUUCGACUGGCGUUCUGGUUCUUGGUCUUGGAUCUCCUGAUGCAUUUCAUCUACGUCAACGCCAUCUACUCAUCCCCGGAUACCUUACUCAUAGGAAUGAAUUCGUAUCAAUUAAUGUCGAUCUCGUACGUCGUCGGCCAAUAUUUUCACAUCAAAUAUGUUGUAAUUUUUGGGAUCCCAGCGCUUUUUGCCAAAAUUGACGGGAUGCAACCGCCCCCGGGGCCCAUUUGCGUCUCGCGUGUCUCUCGCUACUCUAGAAUGUGGCGACACUUUGAUGCAGGCUUAUACCAAUUUUUGAAAAAUCAAGUUUAUAUACCCCUGAUGAGCUCUGUGGCGGGCUGGAAGGCGGUCGUGCUACGACUUGUUGCUAUGGUGAAUGUUUUUAUGAUCGUCCUAGUAUGGCAUGGAUUCGAUUCCCAAUAUAUCUUCUGGGUUUCUUUAUCAGCUUUCGAACUAAUGGUCGAAUGGACGGGUGGAGCCAUCUGGGAGACAGAGCGAUUCCAGCAAUUAAGAACCAGUAUUGGAGAACGUUGGACGAGAAGAUUGGUUUCACUUGGGAUGCUGGGCACUGUGAUUCCAGGCAUAUUUGGAGUCUUCUGUUUCCUGGGAAAAACUGGGAUCGGAAUCACUGUUAUUCGAAGAGUUCUCCUGGAUGGAUUUGUAGAAUUCUUUAGCGGCGGUAUCCACCUCAUUAACUGGCUACCAUCCCCGGGCAUCAUCUUCAUUCACAUGCUCACCCUAGGAUACUUCUUCAAUGGCUACACCCUAGAAUAUGACCUUGCAGCAAAACAACUAAAGCGCGAC